GCUUUAUACAGGAUAGUUGGGAACUUGCAGGAAUGGUUCACAUGGUUCACUUAGUGAGACGAUGCCUCUUUAAACUAAGUGUUUCACGGAAAACUUACAUUACAAACUUUCAUUCGAGUACAGCACGCCCUAUUUUCACCAUCCUAGGGCAAUACCAAAGUCCAUAUUAUAGCACGGUCCGUGAGAUAUCGGGAAGACCAGAACGGAUCCUUCCAAACUUAAUACAGUCAUGGACGGAGCGGCUUGCACGUGCAGAGGUACCAGAAGCGAACAGUUCUGUAAACCUGAUUGUUGCUCAUGCGUUAGGCAAGAAAAUGAUACAUGAAGUGGACAUGAAUAUAGUACCUACCGAGGUAUCAUUAAAGGCAAUAGAGGAUAUGAUUAGUGAAAGAUUAAAAAGGGUACCAGUCCAGUAUAUCAUAGGAGAAUGGGAUUUCCACGAUAUGACGCUCGAGAUGAAGGAACCAGUACUUAUACCACGACCGGAAACUGAGGAGCUUGCCGCAAUGAUAGUUAAUCAGUGGCCACUAUCACGUGACCAGACUGGGAGAUUUCUCGAGAUCGGAUGUGGAACUGGAGCACUAUCUAUGUAUAUUCUUAGACAGCUUCCUAAAGUCACGUGUACAGCUGUGGAUAAGAAUGAAACUGCCUGUGAGCUGACGUUAAGAAAUGCUUCACGGUACAAUCUACAACAUAGAAUACACGUGAUUCACGGGGAUAUACGAGCAGGUAUUGUUAAAUUAAUGAAGCCGAAUAUUACGUUUUUAAAUAUAUCUCAGACAAAAACUGUUUCAUUGAUAAAUGCAUGCAAAUUUAUUUUCAGUUAUGAAGAUCAUGACGCUUUGUAUGGUGGAACUGAUGGUCUAGAUCUAGUAAGGAAAAUUCUGACAGAAUCUGGAAAGCUUCUGAAAGAUAAACAAAGUUAUGUUUGGUUAGAAGUAGGUCUUGGACAUCCAGAGAAAAUACGAAGAAUUGUGGAACUGCAACCGAAGUUCAUGUUGUCAUAUAAAGAAACUUUGAAGGAUUUUACCGGAAGAGGCAGGUUUUGCAAGUUGCAGUUAAAUACAAUGUAAGUGAGAAAGGCACACAUCAGAUUAAGAUAUGGACGUUUACCUGUGAUACAUAGAAACACAUAACAGUCGGGUUGGUCUGUGCAUACUAGGGGAAAAUGCGUAUUUUUCUGUAGAGAAAUACCCUUGAUAUAACCGCAGGACAUGAUAUUUUGACCUGAAUGGCAUGACUAAUAUAACCUUAAAGUUUCCCUAGGAUAAAGUGCCGGUUAUCAUGAUACAGGACCAAUUUUGAAACAUUAUCAGUUAUCAUAGUACGGUGUGGGUUAUCACGA